AUGUCAGAAGGAAAAGGAAAGCUAGUGGAUAACUCAUCCAUCAACGCACCACACCCAGACCCAAAUCAUGAUCCAGCCACUGCAAUACUUCGUAAAAAGCCUGCACCUAACAAACUUAUUGUUGACGAUGCAACGAAUGAUGAUAACUCUGUAAUGUCUCUCUCUACAGCAACCAUGGAAAAGUUACAACUUUUCCGUGGUGAUACCGUAUUGAUCAAAGGAAAAAAGAGACGUGAUACUGUAUUAAUUGUUUUGGCUGAUGAUACUUGUGAAGAUACUAAAGUAAAAAUUAAUAAAGUCGUACGAAAUAAUCUUCGUGUACGUCUUGGUGAUGUUGUAUCGAUUUUCCCCUGCACUGAGAUCAAAUAUGGAAAACGUAUUCAUGUUCUGCCAAUCGAUGAUACAAUUGAAGGUGUAACAGGAAAUUUGUUUGACGUAUACCUAAAACCAUAUUUCUUGGAAGCAUAUCGACCUGUAAGGAAGGGUGAUUUAUUCUUAGUCAGAGGUGGUAUGAGAGCUGUUGAAUUUAAAGUUGUUGAAACUGAUCCGCCAGACUAUUGUAUUGUUGCACAAGAUACUGAAAUAUAUUGUGAGGGUGAACCAAUUAAACGUGAAGAUGAAGAAGCCAACCUUAAUGAUGUUGGUUACGACGAUAUUGGUGGAUGCCGUAAACAAAUGGCUCAAAUUCGUGAACUUGUUGAACUUCCCCUUAGACAUCCUCAACUAUUCAAAUCAAUUGGUAUCAAACCACCACGUGGUAUUCUUAUGUACGGCCCUCCCGGUACGGGAAAGACUCUUAUAGCACGCGCUGUAGCUAAUGAAACUGGAGCAUUUUUCUUCUUGAUUAAUGGCCCUGAAAUUAUGUCAAAGAUGGCCGGUGAAUCUGAAAGUAAUUUAAGAAAAGCAUUUGAGGAAGCUGAAAAAAAUAGUCCUGCUAUCAUUUUCAUUGAUGAAAUUGAUGCUAUUGCUCCAAAACGUGAAAAGACUAAUGGUGAAGUAGAACGUCGUGUUGUAUCUCAACUUCUUACACUUAUGGAUGGCAUGAAGGCACGAUCAAAUGUCGUAGUAAUGGCUGCCACCAAUCGUCCAAAUAGUAUAGAUCCUGCUCUUCGGCGAUUUGGUCGUUUCGAUCGUGAAAUUGAUAUUGGCAUUCCAGAUCCUACUGGUCGCUUGGAAAUUUUACGCAUCCAUACAAAGAAUAUGAAGUUAGAUGAUGACGUAGAUCUAGAACGAAUUGCAUUCGAAACUCAUGGUCAUGUUGGUUCAGAUUUAGCCUCUCUUUGUUCUGAAGCUGCAAUGCAACAAAUCCGUGAAAAGAUGGAUUUAAUUGACUUGGAAGAUGAGACAAUUGACGCUGAAGUCUUGGAUUCAUUAGCUGUUACAAUGGAUAACUUUAGGUAUGCUUUGGGUGUAUCUAAUCCAUCUGCUCUACGAGAAACGGCCGUCGAGGUCCCAACGGUCACAUGGAAAGAUAUUGGUGGACUCGAAAAGGUCAAACUAGAACUUCAAGAAACCGUACAAUAUCCUGUAGAGCAUCCCGAAAAAUUCAUCAAAUUCGGCAUGUCUCCUUCAAAAGGUGUAUUAUUUUACGGUCCUCCAGGAUGUGGUAAGACCUUAUUAGCUAAAGCCAUUGCUAAUGAGUGUCAGGCCAAUUUCAUUAGCAUUAAGGGACCCGAAUUAUUGACUAUGUGGUUUGGUGAAUCUGAAGCGAAUGUUCGAGAUGUCUUCGAUAAAGCACGUGCUGCUGCUCCAUGUGUAAUGUUCUUUGAUGAAUUGGAUUCUAUCGCAAAGGCUCGUGGAUCCAAUCUAGGAGAUGGUGGUGGUGCUGGUGACCGUGUUCUUAAUCAAAUUCUUACUGAGAUGGAUGGUAUGAACGCUAAAAAAAAUGUAUUCAUUAUUGGUGCUACAAAUCGUCCAGAUCAAAUUGAUCCAGCCCUGCUUCGUCCUGGUCGUCUUGACCAAUUGAUUUACAUCCCUCUACCUGAUGAAACAUCGAGAUUAUCAAUUUUGGAAGCUACAUUGCGAAAAUCACCUGUAUCUGAAGAGGUUAAAAAAAAAAUGAGAUUCUUGGCUCAGAAAACAGAAGGAUUCUCUGGUGCAGAUUUGACAGAAAUUUGUCAACGCGCAUGUAAAUUGGCGAUUAGGGAAAGUAUCGAAAAAGAAUUAAAACGUAAACAAGAGAAGGGUGAAGAAGGUGAAGAAGGUGAAGGAGCUACAAUGGACGAAGAUGAAGAAGAUCCAGUUCCGGAAAUUACAAUUGGACACUUUGAAGAAGCUAUGAAAUAUGCUCGCCGUUCAGUUUCUGAUAGCGAUAUUCGUAGAUAUGAAAUAUUUGCCCAAAAUCUUCAACAGUCUCGUGGUUUUGGUUUGAACUUUAAAUUCCCUGAAGAAACUGGUGCUCCUUCCACAGACAUACAACACGGUGGAAUUAGUGGAAGCGCAAUGGACGUAACUAGUAGUGGAUUCGGCCAGGAUGGUGCUGAUGAUGAUGAUUUGUAUGGUUAA